AUGGCAGCAUGGGGCUGGCCGCGCUCGCACAACGGGUACUGGUCCUGCAGCUGUGGGGUGGCGGGCAACUAUGCGACGCGCAAGAAGUGUCGGGGGUGUGGGGCCCAGGCACAGCGCAAAGGACCGUCGUACAAGGAUGUGCUGUUGGGCCCGACAAAGCGGGAGGUUGCGCUUCAGAAGCAGGUGGACACCAUGCGGGCAGAGCUGCAGGGCCUCAAGAAGCAGCAGCGCGCCACGCAGGAGGAUGGCGACGAUGAGAAGCCCGUGGGCCUGGAUAAACUCGUGCAAAUCCGAGAGCGUUACAUGCGGGCCAAGGACGCCAAGCAAAGCACGAAGCCGCACUCGGUCCAGCUCACAAAGGCACGGGUUGCCAGAGAGAAGCUCGAGAAGGAGGGGGCGGCAAUCUAUGACGAGGUCAAGCGGCACCAGAAGGCGACGCAGGAGGCGCAGGAGAAGCUCGCCAAGAAAAGAGAGCAGCUCGAGUUCGCAGAGGCUAAGGAGUCGGGGCUUAAGGUGCAGGACGUCUCCAUCAAGGGCAAGGGCUUCCUCGCGGCAGCGCAGAAGCAGUGCGAGGGGGCCGUCGAAGGUAGCGGCAUCAGCAAGGAGGAGCACGAGCAUGUGUUCGCAGCACUCGCCAGGGUGCUGGACAACGUCAAGGAGGAGCCCAAGGAAGACAAGGACGGCGUGGGCACUGAGGCGCAGCCAGAGGAGGGCAAGCUGGACGCGAGCAGGGUCCCCAGCUAUCGCCAGAAGAACAAGAGUGGCUACAUGCAGGUGGGGCGCCCGCGGAUGCCAGCGAAGCACAGCGAAAGAGGUGGCUGGAGGUGUGCGCCAGCCUUGCGGAGCACAAUAAGCGGGCCAAGCGAUCCUAACAGGCAGCGCCAGAACAAGUUCGAGAGCCUCACCCUGUGGACGUUCAACGGCUCGGGCUGGGGCACCAUCAAAGAGAAGAUCGAGAGCUCAGAGGGGGGCAAGUUGCAGUGCUACGCAGUGCAAGAGCAUCGCCUCACGGGCGACAAGGUCGCGGUCGUGUCGCAGAGCAUGAAGGCGCAGGGGCGCCAGUUCGGCGGGGUCGACGCGAACCCGACGAUAGGUCCAGGUGGAGAAGCAGGCACCUCAGCGGGCGUGGCGGUUGCGACGCCCAGGUGCAUCGGCAUGACAUGCAUGUUUGGCAAGGAGAAGUGGGACAUGUCACCGCGCAACAGUCCAGGGAGGGCUGCAGCGGCAUGGUUAUCGGUCGGCAAGGGCAUCAUUUACGCGUCGGUCUACUUGUGGACGGCGGAGGGGAUGACGUUCAGGAACACGGAGAUCAUCAACAAGGUGAUAGGUCAGUUGGAGGCGCUCGGCGCGCCGUGGAUAAUCGGGGGCGACUUCCAGGUGGCGCCUGAGAAGAUAACGGAGGUGGAGAGCGUUAAGAUGGCCAAGGCGCGGGUCGUUGCGUCAGGGGCCAGGUGUGGCACGUGCAGACAUGCGUACGGCGUAAGCGAGAUCGACUACUUCAUCGUGUCGGACAGCCUUGUCAACCAGGCGAUGUACGUCAGAGUGCAGGAGGAGUGGCCGUCGGCGCCCCACAAGCCAGUGGGGCCCACACUCAGGCUCACAGCGCAGGAGCGAAUGGUCAGGGUGUUGGAGAAGCCGAAGAAGUUGCCGGAGUUGGGCAUUGGUUGCACCCCAGCGCCGCCGCAGUAUCAAAAAAUCGCGAGCUUCAGGUCGCAGGAGGUGGCCAACCAGGUGUGGAGGCAGUACAUGCAGACGCUGGAGCAGGAGGCCUUCGCAGCACGAGGUCUCGAAUGGGCACCCGACUACCCUGCAGCAGGACGGGCCGAGGAACCGACAUGGAGGAUCAAGCCGCUAAGCCUCGGCGGUGCCAACGUGUCACUGGCCGCCAGGGAAGCAGUCUGGUGGAGGUGGCUGGCGAGGACGCUACAGAACUUGCAGGGGGCAUGCGCGAGGCUCAAGCUGGCGAAAACUGGCGACAUCCAGAGGUGCCGACAGGAGGAGGCAACCGCGCAGGAGCACCAGUUCAUCAUCACGUACCAGAGGACCAAGCACCUCAACGCUAAGGAGCAGGGCAAGUGGCAGGCCAGGUGCGGGCUGCUGGCCGCUGGGCUACUCCGAGGAGCGCAGCAGGAGGCGAAGUUGCAGCAAUGGAUGCAGGAGAGCCAGGGCAAGAUGAAGGAGUACGGCCAGAAGCUGUUCAAGGAGAGGCGAGCACGUUGGGCAGACAUGUUGCAGGAGGCGGCAGCAGGAGCAGCUGGUGGUUUACACAGGCUCAGCAAGGCUGCAGCAGCAUGGAGACCACGCAGGGCAGGCUCCAUGGAGGACCCGGCGGACCCCAUCGAGGCAGCGGAGUACACCCUCAAGGCUAGGCCGUGGGAGUGCGAAGAACGUGACAAGCUCGAGCCUUUCACAGACCAGGACGCUGACAAGCUUAAGGUGGUGGCUCGCACCUUCAGAAAGAAGACGGGGGUAGGAGUCGACAGGUGGCACCCCUCCACGUUGCAGGGUGCGUCGGAUGAGGCCUACGCCAAGCUGCUGGACUUCUACAUGGAGGUGGAGCGGACAUUGCGCUGGCCCAUCCACAUGGGCACUGUGCUGUUCUUCAUGAUCCCGAAGACCUUGACCGCGGACAGGGUCAUCGGGCUGCUGCCCACUGCCAUCAGAGUGUGGGAGAUUAUGCGGGAGCCGUAUAUGGUCGAGUGGGCCAAGAAGAACUAUCGGAGCUGGGGCUGCACGAGCUUCGGCAAGGCCGCGGAGGACGCGGCCUGGGAGGUGUUGCUCAGCCAUGAGAUGGACGAUGUGGAGGAGCAGAGCGAGGAGGCGCAGGCGACGGUCACGGCGAUUCUGGACUUGGUAAAGGCUCUCGAGAAGUUCAGCUUGCACGUGUUGUGGGAAGCGGGUAAGCAGCUCAACUUCAACACGGGGGUGCUGGCAGUGGUGUGCUCCUACUUCGCCAUGACCAGGCGCCUCAUCGUAGGUGACUCGGUGUCCAGUGAGACCGAGACGGUUACCACCAUUAUCGCGGGCAGCAAGUUCUCGGUGUGCUUCCUGAAGAUGGUCAUUCAGUCCACGGUGGACGGCCUGGUGGUGGAAAGACCGAGGGCGCGCUGGAGGAUGUACGUGGACGACCUAUGCGUGCGGCUGCGACAGCAGCAUAGGCACAUAGUUACGGAGUUCGGAGAGACAAUCGACAGCUGCUUCCGAGGCUUCGAGAGGAUAGGCCUGAAGUUCUCCGUGGGCAGCAAGGGCAAAGGCGCAGUAAUGGCGAGCACUAAGUGGGCGCGAAAGGCCGUGACAGGGCCGACGCAGGAGCGAGGAUUGCCAGUGGUGAGGGCCUGCCCUUACUUGGGGGUCGACAUCGUCACGCACGGCACGGCGGUGAAGACCAAGAGCGGCAAGAGACACGCUACCAUGAGGGUCAGGAGUCGUAGGCUGCUCGCCUUGAAGGGCGGGCGAAAAAUGACCAGGGGUGUUGGCUUGGUGUACAAGUGCGGCCUGAAGCGUUCGGUUAUGUAUGGAUGCAAGUGCCUAUGCAUGCCAGGUCAUCAGCUUCGGCAGCUACGGCGAGAGGCAGGGCGGCUUCUACCAGGUGGACGAGGGGCCCGAAGCCUCACCUUGCAGCUGGCAGUGGCGCAGGAGGAGCCUACGUACGAGAUCACCGGGGCGCCCAUAGUGAGGCAGGAGGGCUUCGUGUUGAACGUGCAGGAGGUGUGCCCCAUGGACAUCGCGGCGAUGGUGCGCAAGGACGUGCAGGCAACCCUUUGGGAGGAAUGGAUGCAGGCGGAGGAGUUCAAGAGCCUGAGCCCAAUGCCGUUGUUGGCGCCAGCGGUUGCGCAGCUACGAGCACGCGAGUUCCCGAAGCAUGCGAAGAAUGCGGCGAAGAAGGUCUUCAUCGGAGGCGCGUGGACAAUGGAGAAGCUCUGCAGGUGCAACAUCGUGCCCACGGACAUUUGCUUGGCUUGUGGAGAGGCGGCGGGCACCGAGCACCAUCGGCACUACAAGUGCGACGCGCUCAGGGGCCAGAGGCUGCAGGCGCAGGCGGACUGGCAGCACGUGGCGGGGCAGCAGGACACCAACAUACCGUGGGCGCGCGGGCUGGUGAGGUCGCCAGAGGCGGACUGGAAGUUCGUGGGCAUCGAGGAGGACCAGUACUACGUGCAAGUGGUCGACGGUGAGGAAGACUACUUCACAGGCGACAUUGUCUGCGACGGCUCGAAGCUCGGAUACAGCGACUGGGCGCAGACGGGUUGGGCAGCUAUGUCCCUCACCGAUAAUGGCACCGCGAAGAUGCAGAUGUGGGGCCCGCUGCCGUGCUCGUUACCGAUCCACAGGAGGGUUAAGAGGGCCGAGAUGCGGGCCUUCCUCAAGGUGCUGGAGCGGAUGUUGCCGCCAGGUCGAGUCUACACAGACCACGAGGGCAUCGUGGAGGGGUUUGCAGAGAGGAUCUGGCACAAGGUGAAGGACAUCGACCUUGAUAUUCACUGCGUGAUGCACGUGAAGGCCCACAGGUCCAAGGGCAGGAUCGAGCAGCUCGAGGGUGAGGACCUGAAGAUCGCGAACGGCAGCAGAGAGGUUGACCUGCUGGCGAAGGCGGGCGCGGAGAUGGACGCGCACUACGGCAAGCACCAGGCGCUGGAGGACCUCGCAGGGCGAGUGCGCUGGGCGCUGCAGAACAUUGGUUGGUGGUGCCAAAAGAUGGGCGGUACGUGGCCAGGCGUGCCGCCCAAAGAGAAAGGAGUGCCAAGGCGAAGAGUGCCGAAGCCGAUGCUGGCCCUGACCGAGCACGACGUAGUGGAGACGGGCGGUUGGCAGGUGUGCAUAAGGCCAGCGUGGCUAUCGCAGCGGCGGCUGCAGCAGCAGCAGCAGCACGGCCUGGAGAACGACACGAAGAACGUGCUGAGCCUGAGGAGCAGGGCAGGCCGCAUCGUGUCGAAGUCCAUGGAGCUGCACCAGAAGCGGCCGAAGGGGGCGUUCAACUAUGUGAGCAUGGAGAACGCGAUGAUGGCCGUGCUGGAGGGCAACCAGCUGGGCCAGGCCACCCAGGCCUGA